AUGGCGAUCAUUCUAGCUUGUAGCUAUAAAAGAAAAGCAUUUUCGUGGAGUGGCUCGAGAAACAUCCUUACAGUUUGCACUUUCACUCUCUCCUAUACAACAGUCACGCAACAGCAGCAAGCAUGGACAAGAAAGGUUACUCAAGCAAAAGCUACAAGAAGCCGACUGGCGGCAGCAGCUCGGGCGGUAGACAACAUGGAGAAUCAUCAUCCAGCUCUAAGAAGAGGGAACCAAGCUACUCCCUGA